UUCCUCCUGAUCCUCUACUUCAGCACGCUGCUUUUCGCCGCGCUGUACCGUGAUAGUGUCUUCAACAAUUCGAUCCGAGAGGGCGCGAUCGUUGCUUCGCAGCUGCCAUGGGUGUACAUGCUGGCAAGCAAAAAUAACAUUAUAGGAACGAUGACGGGGCGCGGCUACGAAAAGCUAAACUACAUUCAUCGCAUGGCCGGACGACUGACUGUCCUGGCUGCCAACGUUCAUGCCUUGGGUUUCAGU